AUCUUGUUAUUGUUAAAUUUAAGACGCGUCGGUCUGGCCUCAGCCAAUGGUGUCGUUCCAGCCAAUGGCACAAGAGCGUGUCCCGUACGGCGCCCCAGCCGCCGGGACACGACGCCCUUUCCGCGGUACGGGCCCGCCCACCAAGGCGCCUGCAAAAUCCGCGUCCGGAAUGUAUCGUCAGGUACCGUCCCCUCCCCCCACGUCCGACCGGGUACAUGCACGUCCCGGCCUUUUCCUCUCGGCUCUCGCAGAUGACUUUGCGCGCGUCAGGUUAUUAAUAUUAUGUGUCGACAUCAUCAAUCUAGAAAUUGCACUGCAUGUCUUUCGUUUGCCUGCAGUACGCAUAAUAAUGAUGUUCAUAACUGAUCAUGGUUUGCCCAUCGCUCCUUGGGAGCUAUUCGAUCAACAUGGACAUGACUGAGCAAGUAAAUUAGUCAAAAACGAAAAGGGGGCCCAAACAAAGAAAGGCCCCAACGGCAGCAAUAAUCCGAGGGUAUUAUUAUUGUUGCUGUUGUUGCGUUGUUAGCGUUC